GUUUUUGGGGAAUUGGUUCAAGUCCAGUUCGAGGCAUAAACUCCCCUUCCCUCUCCUCCCCUCCUCAUCUUCGUUCCACACUCUCCCUCAUCACUCUCCGCCAUCAUGGGUCUCUCCAGAGAGGCGAGGAUUAUAACCCUCCUCGUCAUUGACACGGCCUUCUUCUUCCUUGAGCUCAUCGUCGGAUAUGCCGUCGGCUCGCUCGCUCUCGUCGCCGACUCGUUCCACAUGCUCAACGAUGUCCUCUCCCUUAUCGUUGCGCUCUACACCAUCAAGCUCGCCACCAGUCCUUCGAGCGCCGCCAACUCGUAUGGCUGGCAGCGUGCCGAAAUUCUGGGUGCACUGAUCAACGGUGUUUUCCUCAUCGCGCUUUGUGCAUCUAUCGGUGUCGAGGCAGUCGGGCGUCUCAUCUCGCCUCCUGAGAUCACCAACCCCAAGCUCAUCGUCGCCGUCGGCAGCGCCGGCCUCCUUAGCAACAUUGUUGGCCUCUUCCUCUUCCAUGGUGAGUUGAUGUCCGCGCCUUCCUUUCUGACGACAGACCAUGGACACGGUCACGGACACGACCACGGUCAUGACCACGGCGCCAUCUCGCUUCCGGCUGACGAGGAUGAGCCGCUCCACCCCGAAGCGGAGCCCAUUCCGCGCCGCCGUUCUGACAGCCUCACCUUCCCUUACCAGCACCCAGCCGAGACACGCGCUCAGAUCAUCGAGGCCGCGCGGCUCGGCGCGUCCUAUGAGGCAGAGAGCUACACCGGCUCACCCCGACCCGCGCACCAGCGUAUGCUGUCAAACGCUAGCAGACGCCGUUCGCGCCCUCUCGCUGCCCUCAAGGCUCCGCAGCCGGGCACUAACGAGACCAUAGCCCCUCAGCCGCGCGAGCCGGUCGCCUCCGCAGCGACUCCAUCGACUGACAACACCGCAGUCGAGGAGCCUGUGUCCCCUAAGACUGUUCCCUCGCCCAAGCACGCACCGGAUGCCGACGCUGCGGAGCGGGGCAACGGACACGACCACGGCCACAAGCAUGGCAAAAAGACACCUAGCAGCGGCCACUCGCACGGCUCUAUGAACAUGCGUGGUGUCUUCCUUCACGUCCUGGGUGAUGCCCUUGGAAACGUUGGUGUCAUCUCGGCCGGUCUCGUCAUCUGGUUCUUUGAGGGAAGCUGGACGUUGCUCUUUGACCCGGCCGUGUCGCUGCUCAUCACGUGCAUCAUCUUCAGCUCGGCAAUGCCGCUCGUGCGGUCAGCGUCCAAGAUUCUGAUGCAGGGUGUGCCCGAGCACGUGUCGCUCGAGGCAGUCCGCGAGUCGAUUCAGAGCGUCGAUGGUGUGGUGAGCGUACACGAUCUGCACAUCUGGCAGCUCUCCGAAACCACUACCGUCGCCUCCGUCCACGUCCUGAUCGAGCCUGACAAGGACUACAUGGAGGUCGCAAGCAACAUCCGCCAGGAACUGCACUCGCACGGUAUCCACAGUGUCACGAUACAGCCCGAGUUUUACACCGGUUCCGAGACCGUUUCGGACUCUGGAGACGAGGGCAACACCUGCCUCAUCCGCUGCCCGCCUGAGCAGUGCGCUGCCGACACGUGCUGCCCCACCACCGCGCCCCCGAGCCAGCCUCGCACCCCUCGCCUCGACCACGUCGCUGAGGGCGACGAGGGCUCCAGCCACUCGCACUAGCAAUCCAACUUGCCAGCUUUCUGAGCCAUCUAGAGUCUUGUACGAAGGAGUAGAGGCAAUCUCGGAGGCGAUGUGAAAUGCAUCAGAUAGAGCGUCGCGGGGACACUAUGAGCUGGCUCUUUCCUUACAUCCACCAGCCCGGACGUGCGCUAGCCAUUAGUACCUCACGCAUGCAUCCAACCAUCUUCCUAUG